AUGUCAGAUAUCAACUAUAUCAACCAGUGGGAUCCAAGUAAUGUGAUUUUGAACGAUCCUAACGUUGAUUAUUCAUGGAAGAUUUGUGUUUUACAAGAAACUUAUUUUGCUGGAAAUGAAAUUGAAGGCUCAUCAGGUGGGAGAAUCUCUUCAAUCUUUGUUAUAUUCUUUCUCUCUACAGGGUUCACAAUAUUUCCAAUACUUAGUAGGACUUUCAAAUGGAUCAAAAUGCCGCUUCAUCUUUAUUUAUUUGCAAGGUAUUUUGGUACUGGAGUUAUUGUUGCAACAGCUUUCAUGCAUUUGAUGGAUCCUGCAUAUACACAAAUUGGUCCUAAUUCUUGUGUUGGAGUUAGUGGGAAUUGGGCUGAAUUUCCUUGGGUGCCUGCAAUUAUGAUGAUUUCUCUGUUCACAAUUUUCCUAACAGAUGUUAUUUCAGAUGUGUUGGUGGAGAGACGUUAUGGUGGUGAUGGUGAAUCACAUUCAUGUGCAAGUGAUGAAACUAUGAAAGCUAUUUGUUCUGGUUAUGACGAUGAUGACCAUUUUAAUGAUGAAGAGCAUAAUCAUUUUUUGAAAAAGGGAUCACAAGUGGGAUUCUCUACAGAAAUGACAGAUUUCAAUAGUGCUGCUGAUGACUCGACACUAACUGUUAAAGCUGAAAGAGGAUUCAGGUCUCAAAUAGCUGCUUUUUUGAUUUUAGAAUUUGGAAUUUUGUUUCAUUCAGUCAUGAUUGGUCUAAAUUUAGGUGCUGUUAAUGGUAAUGAAUUCAAGACGCUGUACGUUGUUUUAGUCUUUCAUCAAUCUUUUGAAGGUUUAGGUAUUGGUGCAAGAUUAUCAUCUAUUCCAUGGCCAGAAAAUGUUUCUUUUGUUUGGGCUUAUUUGAUGUGUUUACUAUAUGGAUUAGUCACACCGCUUUCAAUUGCUAUUGGAAUAGGAAUUAGAGCUUCUUAUGUUUCAAAUCCUUAUAGAGUUAAUGUAAUAUCUGGUGUUUUGGAUACAAUUUCCUGUGGUAUUUUGAUUUAUUCUGGGCUUGUCGAACUGCUAGCUAGGGACUUUAUAUUCAAUCCACAGUCAAGAAAAAAUUUGAAACUGCUGACCUUCAAUAUCUCAUCAGCGAUGGUUGGUGCUGCUACUAUGGCCAUCAUUAGUAAGUGGGCUUGA